GUCUCUGGAUCUCCAUUCUCAAACGCAGCGCCUUCCUACAAGCGAGCAACCAUGAAUGUCAUUCCUCAGACCCCGGCUCUACUGAACAAGUGCAAGAUUCCGAUGGGUCUCGUCAUUACUCCGUACCGACACCUUCAGCCUGGCGAGAGCGAGGUCCCCGUUCUGAAUCCCGAGACGAUCGUGCGCUGCCGUCGAUGCCGGAGCUACAUCAAUCCAUUUGUCCAAUUCAUUGAACAAGGCACGCGGUGGAAGUGCAAUUUGUGCUUCCUUUCGAACGAAGUUCCUCAGUUCUUUGACUGGGACCCAGUCUCGAGACAGCCCGUGGAUCGUAUGAAGCGCCCCGAGCUUACUCACGGUGUCAUUGAGUUUAUUGCUCCACAGGAGUACAUGGUUCGUCCGCCGCAGCCUGUGGUUAUCUAUUUUGUGUUGGAUGUAUCGUAUGCAGCUGUUCACUCUGGUAUGCUGGCCACUGCUGCCCGCACGAUCAGCGAGACCUUGGAUCGCAUUCCAAAUGAAGAGGGCCGAACCCGCGUUGGCUUCCUCGCUGUCGAUAGCUCACUCCAUUUCUUCAACCUAAAGGCAUCAUACCACGAGCCUGCUUGCCUAAUGACGGUAUCGGACCUCGAAGAAGUCUUCCUGCCCAUCCCAGACUCACUGCUUGUCUCUCUGACCGAAUCCAGAGCCUUGAUCGAGUCCCUGCUCCAGCGCCUGGGGGAAAUGUUCAAGAACACCCAGAAUGUCCAGUUCUGUCUGGCCCGAGCCCUCCAGGCCGCCAACAAGCUACUGAGCCCCAUCGGCGGCAAAAUCGUCAUCCUGACCAGCACCUUGCCCAAUCUGACCGACGGUAUCCUGAAAGAGCGCGAGGAUCCCAAGGCCCUCGGUACUUCGAAGGAAAGUGCACUCUUGCAGCCCGCCACAGGCUUUUACAAGAGUCUGGCCGUGGACUGCUCCCGGUCGCAGAUCAGUCUCGACGUGUUCCUGUUCAACCAGAAAUACGCCGACGUUGCAACUCUAUCGGGACUGGCCAAGUACACCGGUGGCUCCACCUACUACUAUCCCGCCUUUAACGGCGCGCGCUCUGAGGACGUUGUCAAGUUUUCGAAAGAGCUCUCGCACUUCCUGGGCCGUCCGAUCGGACUGGAGGCCGUGAUGAGGGUUAGAGCAUCCAAGGGCAUACGCAUGAUUGGCUUCCAUGGCAACUUCUUCCUCCGAUCAACGGAUCUCCUGUCGCUGCCCAACGUCUGCCCCGACAACUCAUACGUCGUCGAACUGAACCUCGAGGAGAGUCUGAACUACCCAGUUGCCUGCUUCCAAACGGCACUGCUUCAUACAAGCAGCAACGGCGAGCGCCGCAUCCGUGUGCUCACUUUGGCAGUCCCGGUUUCCAGCAGCUUGAGCGACUUUUUCCUGUCCACCGAUCAGUUUGCACUGACAACACUUCUGACCAAAAAAGCGGUGGAGCGCGGACUGACCUCAAAGCUCGAGGAUGCCCGCGAUGCCCUGCAAUAUAAAAUGACCGAAAUUUUGUCGGCCUACAAGGCAAACUGUACAACGUCGGGCCAAGCUGCGCAAGUUUUGCUGCCCAACAACCUCAAGCUCUACCCGCUUCUGACACUGGCGCUCAUCAAGAACCUGGGCUUCCGCGCCGGAAACACCGUGCCAUCGGACUUGCGCUCCUAUAUUUUGUCGGUUCUGUACGUUUUUCCUGCCGAGAUGAACAUGUCCAACAUUCAUCCGCGCUUCUGGGCCCUCCAUGUGCUCGACGAAAAGACGGGUCUGCCAGACGAAGUUGGUCGAAUCCAGUUCCCUCCCGUUUUGAAUUUGAGCAGCGAGAAACUCGAGCGCCACGGUGUCUACCUCCUUGAGAACGGCCUCGAUAUUUUCAUAUGGGUUGGGCGCGCGGUUUCUCCUGAGCUGUGUCAGCUCCUGUUCGGCAAGGCUUCGUAUGAGUCGCUUCCAAACGGAAAGAUCACUCUUCCCGAGCUUCCGAACGACUUCAGCAAGCGCAUCAACAACAUGGUCGCACACAUCCGAAACUACCGCCUCCUCAUGAUGACUUCGUACCCGCACCUGUAUCUCGUGAAGGAAGAUGGAGAUCCCGGGCUGCGAAUGUGGUUCUUGUCGCAGCUGAUCGAGGAUCGGAUCGAUCAGAGCCCAUCGUAUCCGCAGUUCCUUGGAACUCUUCGAGAGCAGCUCGCAAAGGUUUCUCCUGCAUGA